UCGACCACUUCCAAUAUAAUCGCCUCUCCUCCCUCAUUUCCUUCCACAAUUCCUCCAGUUUCCCUUCUCACUCCCCUCCGUCUCUCUCGGGAUCGAGGCGCCAUGUCUUUCCGAACGUCAAAUGCAUCAUCGGGCAUGGGAGUUGAUGAACACAGCAAAAGCACUUUUCUGGAACUUCAGAGAAAGAAAGUGCAUCGAUAUGUCAUAUUCAAAAUAGAUGAAAAGAAAAAGGAGGUAGUUGUUGAGAAGACAGGAGCCCCAGGAGAGAGCUAUGACGAUUUCACUGCUGCCCUUCCCGAGAAUGAUUGCCGUUAUGCUAUUUAUGAUUUUGAUUAUGUGACUGAAGACAACUGCCAAAAGAGCAAGAUAUUUUUCAUUGCAUGGUCACCUUCCAUCUCUCGCAUACGUGCAAAGAUGCUUUAUGCCACAUCAAAGGAUAGGUUCAGGCGUGAGCUUGAUGGCAUUCAUUAUGAGAUUCAGGCUACUGACCCUACUGAGAUGGAGUUGGAAGUGCUUAGAGACCGUGCAAGCUAAUGCUCUGAACUUGCACAAACUUCUUCCACAACAAGACUGCUUAUUUUGUGUGCCAUGGCCUAGAUGUAUUGGUUUUGCAGCGAUUGGUUGUGGGAUGACUGUUCACUAGAAUAAGUGUCUACACCUGAGAGGCUAAUGUAUAAGCUGCUUAUUCUGGAUGAUAAUGUUUGAAGACUGGGAUCCUCUUCUGGAUGAUAAUGUUAAUGCAUUGCAUCUCAGUAAUGCAAUGGAUGACUGUUCUGGAUGGUAAUGUUCACUAGAACAUUGCAUCUCAUCGAUGACUACUUGGUUCUCAUCUCGAUCAGAUCAUAUUAGAUGGAGAAACUUUGCAAGAUUCUGUGAUGAAA